AUGCUUCCUUUAGCGAGGGAAAAAUCUGAUUACAAACAUCCGUUUCCCGGAGAAAUUAAGACAGUACGUGAUUUGAGUAUCGCAUACGGAGCCAUCUGUGAUGUUAUGCGCUAUCUUGACGACGGGCACGGCUUGCUGCUUCUUUUCAUUAUCGGAUCAUUUUUUUUACAAUUAAUCAUAACACCGUAUUAUUUGAUAAACGCAAUAUAUACAUCCACCGGACGAAUAAAUAGCAUUUUCCUUCAAAUAUGCUGGUGCAUUUAUCAUUUCCUCUGCAUGCUCGUCGUUGUGGAACCAGGAUAUCAGACGCAAAAAGAGAUGGACAAGAUUCAAGUACUAGUUUUUUACUUGAUGCGCUUCGUGGCUCCAAUGGACCCAAUGUUAGUGGAUUUAAAUAUUUUCUACAAGCAACUUCACGAGAAUCGGCCGCAGUACACACCGUUUGGCAUGUGCAUUCUCUCAAGACACCUAACUGUGACGAUAAUCGGUGCAGUGACUACGUAUCUCGUUAUUAUUUUCCAAUUUCGUGCUUACGAGAAUAAGUGAAAGGAAGAC